AUGAAAACUACUGCUCCAGUGCCUCCAUCCCAUUUAGACCCAUCCGUGUACACAGAGGAUUCCCUUUUCGGAACAACGACUUUCAAGCCAUCAGUCGCGUCGCAUAAAGAAUGGCGCCACGCGGCAACACCAUCCCCUCGCAAACAGAAUAAUGGCCUAAUGAUUUCCCUAAUUAAAACUUCAUUGGCUCACAACAUUGUCAGAUGUACUAAACCUAGUUCGGCAUUUUGUAUUCCUUUGAACAAGUGUCCCCUACUGUACGAUUUAUACAAAAACUUUGAACAAUUGGGAGAAAGUGAACAACGAUUGCUACGGGAUUCCCAGUGUGGUUUCGACAAUACGCACGAAGGUGUGAGUAGAGUGUUGGUAUGUUGCCCCGAUGAAACAGCUAUGCCAGACGAAGAGCCAUCGAAUGUAAAUGCGGUCAAUGAAAUGCUGCUUAGAAAUUUCGAUAUUGAUAAUGCGCAAUGUGGCCUAAUGGAGAACAGCAGAGCCACUGGCAGAGACUCGGCCGGAAGAAAUGGUGCAGAUCGCAGAAAAGUGUCAUCGGUAGAUGGAAGUUAUUUCCCCUGGAUGGCUUUAAUUGAAUAUAUGGAUAUAAGAGACGGCAUGAUGGGAAGUUACAACUGCAGCGGCACAUUAAUUAAUUCUCGUUACAUUCUAACUGCAGCUCACUGUAUGAGUGAUACCUAUUGGAAACCUCAUCGCAUAUGGUUGGGACAUUGGGAACCCAAUACAGAUAUACAAUGCUUAACACAACCUCACGACAAUGCAGCGGACUGUGCUGCCAAGAAAUCGGCAUUUGUCUCAGAAAUUGAUGAAAUAAUUAUUUAUCCAACAUUUCAUAAAAAUAUCCAUCAUGAUGUGGCCCUGAUACGAAUGAAGCAGCGAGUAGAAAAUACCAAAGCGAUACGACCAAUAUGCUUACCAUUUGGUUAUGAUUUCAAUACGGCCGACCUCACAAAUACAAUGGCUGAAUUUGUCAGCUGGAGUGGGUCUAGUAAAACCGAGGGUCUGGUUAACGCCGAUAAAACUAAGAUAUUACUACCCAUAUGGGAGACGAGCGAAUGUCGCAAAACAUAUCGCCUCAAGAAUAGAGACAUCCAUUUGCAAUAUGAAAUAUGUGCGGGCGGUGAGCAAGAUGUGGACACCUGCAAUGGAGAUUCUGGUGGAGGUCUAGUGCAUUCGUUUGAACGUGACUCUGAGAAGGUGCAUGUCGUUGUAGGUAUAAUGGCGGCCGGAACAAGAGAAUGUGGCCUCGAAGGAUGGCCUAGUAUUAGCAUACAUGUACAGCAUCAUUUGCAAUGGAUAUUACACGAAUUGGCCAGAGGCAAAAACGUGGCAUAA